UAAGGUAAGUUUUCUCAACCCAUAACAAUAUAACAAUAGAAACACAGAGAAUUAACUCUAAAAAAAGCAUUAUGAACGAGGAUGGCCUGAAUCUAUAUAAGUGGCAGGUUUAUUAUAUUUACCGAUUUCAAAUUGUAUUCCCAACCUUUCUAUUAUAAUUAAUUGUAUCAUGUCAUGAUGUAGAUACAAUAUGGGUAUAAGGCAAAAACUAGCGGAAGAAUUUGUGGAGUUAUGCUUCAAUAUGGGUAUAAGGGCAUUCUGGUCAAAUGUUAAGCCCGUCAAGGUACUUAAGUUGGAAACUUCUAAUAUCAAUGCCAUCGGGUGAAAAUUCGGAUACACCUCAUUCUUUGAAGCAAACAGAGGAGGUUGUUCUUGAUCAGGAUGUAGAAAUUCAAGGGAAGUUAGCUGAGAAAGUUUCAUGCUAUCAAGGAGUGUUCUAUAAUUAUUUCAGCAUAGGAAUUGAUGCUCAAGUGGCUUAUGGUUUCCAUCAUUUAAGGAACGAGAAACCUUACCUUGCUCAAGGUCCCAUUUCAAACAAGAGGGUUACUUGCGGGUUUCUUAAGUCAUCUGCUAUAUUAUAAUGCUCUAUGGGGCAACCGCAGUGAUUGUUUUCAGCCGUUCAUCUCAGAAUGGGUACUCCAAUGUCACACUUCUUGCUGAACAGCAGGUGGUGUAUUUUGUCAAUUCUGUAACUGAAGCAAAUGAGCUGGCUAUGCUGAUGGCACGACUGUCCAGUGGUAAUCUUGCGAUGGUUGUUUUGAGAAACACUUAUCAUGGUGGAAGUGUUGGUACUAUUGAAGCCGCAGCGAGCGCAACCGCAAGAUAAUAAUAACAAAUAACAUCAUCCUAUCCAGUUCUGUGUAGAAGAAUGAAACAGCAUUAAAACAGCACCCAU